GGUUUAACUCUUCCAUCCUCUUAUCAAACAGCCAGAAACAUGGCCACGGCACAGUCAACACUGAUGUUCGCAGUGUGCAUCGUGAUGAUAACUGAACUCAUACUGGCCAGAAAGGACUACUAUGACAUCCUCGGUGUGCCAAAAGAUGCUUCUGAACGUCAGAUCAAAAAAGCUUUUCACAAGCUUGCCAUGAAAUAUCACCCAGACAAGAACAAUAGCCCCGAUGCUGAAACCAAAUUUAGAGAGAUUGCAGAAGCAUAUGAAACGCUAUCAGAUGAGAAAAGAAGGCGAGAUUAUGACCAAUCAGGAUACAAUACAUUCAGCCAUGAAGAUAUGAACAGAGGAGGAGGGCAGCGUUCUCAUCAUUCCUUUGAUUUUAACUAUCAUUACAUGUUCAGAGACUUUGAUGUAUAUAACCAAAACAGGCACGCUCGCCCAAAACGGCACUUUGAUGAGCACUUCAGGGCCCACCAGCAAGCACACAACCGCCAUAAGAAACAUUUCCAGGGUACUUUUGAUUCCGGAGUAUUUCAGGACAUGUUUGAAGACAUGGAGAAGAUGUUUGCAUUUGACCGUCACAUGAAAAGGACAGAGAGCAGGUUUCAGGCCACAGCCAAACAGCACUGCAGAACGGUGACACAGCGCAGAGGAAACAUGGUCACCACGUACACCGACUGCACCUCAUCAUGAACAUCAGAGUGGGCCACAGAUUGGACCAUCACACCUUUAUUUUUAUGGCUGAUAUAGAUGGAGUUCUCAAUUUGCUGCUGUGAUAAGUGGGGUUUGAUUUUACAUUUUACUGAUCUGUUAUUUAUGAUUAGAAUGGGUGCAUU